UUUUUAUUGACCAGCCCCGCCCCCUAGCGCGAGCUUCUUCUUGGUCACGCGGAAUGGCUCCUUUGAAAUUCUGCGCGAAUGUGUCGUGGAUCUUCACGGAGGUGCCGGACCUGAGCAGGCGGAUCCAGGCGGCCGCUGCCGCGGGCUUCCAGGCCGUGGAGGCCGCCUGGAUUCUGGACUCGAACCUGCAGGAGCUGCAGAGGGUCAAAGAGUCCGCGGGCGUGGAACUGGUGCUGCUCAACACGCCGCCAGGAGACCUGAAAGCCGGGGAUCUGGGUCUGGGAGCGGUUCCUGGCAGAGAGGCGGAGUUUAGACGCGGUCUGGACCAGACGGUGGACUUUGCUAAAGCUCUGAACUGUAAGAGGAUUCACCUGAUGGCAGGAAGGAUUCCUGCAGGCUCCUCCAGAGCAUCUGCUGCCCGGGAGAUGGAGGCCGUCUUCAUACAGAACCUCAGAUAUGCUGCUGAUGUCCUGCAGAAGGAGGAGAUGACCGGACUGAUCGAGCCCAUCAACACAAGAAUCACAGACCCCACUUACUUCCUGGACUCCCCUCACCAGGCGGCAGAGAUCCUGGAGAAGGUUGGACGGCCCAACAUCAAGCUGCAGAUGGACCUCUUUCACUGGCAGAUCAUGGAUGGAAACCUGACUCAGAACAUGCAGAAGUACUUACCUCUAGUUGGUCACGUUCAGGUGGCUCAGGUUCCUGGUAGGAACGAGCCAGAUAGUCCUGGAGAACUGAACUUCAAGUACCUGUUCAACACGCUGGAGAACCUGGACUACCAGGGCUAUGUGGGCUGCGAGUAUAAACCUCUGGGCUCUACAGAAGGCGGUCUGGGGUGGAUCAAGGAGUACUGGGCUCUUGGUUCUGAAUCUGGAGGAUCGAGCCUGAAGCUGUGACCCAGGUGCUUCCACUGGUUCUGUUGGGGUUUUGCAGUUGAAGAAAAAGGAAAAGUUUUGAAGAUCCAGUCCAGCUAAAUGAAAACCUGCAGGAUUUAAGGAUUUGCUGUAGAUCUUUCCCAAAAUGUUGUCAGCAGACCCAAGCCCAGUUAGCAGAUCUGAGAAGUUCUUUGUCUGACCUUCAGACUAGCGCUCAUGUUCUACCACAGAUAAUUUUGCUCUGAUCACUCUGUCCAAUUAAACUAGUCUUUUCUUAAACAAAUAUAUAAUAAAGUUUAAUUUUGAGAUGA